GCACAAAAUGGCCUCUUCCACAGAGCCUCCCUCGCCCUCCCGUCCCGCCAUGGACCACAGCCACUACGACUACCGCAUCAUGCAGCCUCCGCCAGACUUUGCAGCGCACAUGCAGAUGCCCCACAUCCCGCUCCCCCUCGAGACUCCCCUGCCCCCCUCCUCCUACGACUUCACCAGCCAUGGCGCGUUCCCCAUCCCCCAGAGCAUGCACGGCCCCCAGGCCCACCCUCUCUUCGAGGGUGUCCUCGCCAUGCACCAGAUGCUCGGCCACGACCUCAAUCUCGCCUGGCCAGACGUAGCGCAGUGCAACCAACAGUCGUCGAUGUCUUACUCCGACGACAGCAACAGCCCGUAUGCCUGUCCUCCUCAGAGCAUCGACCAGCUCCAGCAGUGGACAACGCCUCCAUCGUCUAUCAUGGAUCCGACCCCUUCGCCUCUCGAGGAGUCUCUACCGCACACACCUGAGCAAACGAUCGAGCUCAUCCCAGAGCCCAUCGGCCAGCACAAGGAGCUUUCUCCUCCUCCUCCUCCCCAUGCCCAGAACACUGGCUUUGCGAUGUUUCCCCUAGUGGUAACUGGCGCAAAGACGCACGAACAUACAAUCGCCUUCCAAGCAGAUCGACAAAAGUCAGAGAAGGCCGGCUCGAAACUCGAUCCAUUUGCUGCCGACUUUAUCCGGGAAAAGCUCGGCGAGCACAGAUGGAACAUCUUCUCUUCUCGUCUGGCCGAACGGCGAACGACAUCGCAGAAGAGCAAGUCGCGCAUGGACGCGAAUGGCUCAGCGACCGACUCGUUUGUCGUCAACAAGGGCGAAAGCGCCACUGUUAUCGACUUCCUUGUCAAGGUGGAAGUUGUCAAGAGCGUUCUUCGGACGUUCGUCCCGCAUCCGUACAAUCCACUCAAGACGCUUUCCCAUGCGUACGAUGCCGCGCCUUCGGGGCAAGUGACGUUGAGCCGCACGACGGUGCUGACGUUGUCUGGUUGGUCAAACACCCAAUUCUCGUACUGGGCACGCCGAGCAGAAGCAAUAUCGGUUCUGGGAAUGUACGACGAACGUCUUCGGACGGUCGCGUUAGCGCUCCAAUACCGACUCCAAUCCCAAGGCCUUCUCGAAGGCGUUGACGCGUCCGCCCCAUCAUCCUCACAGCGGAGUCAUCAUCCCCGCAUUAACUUCGACGCAGCGUCUCGUGAAGAUCUCGACCCUGAGGAAUGGGUGAGAACCUACGUCACGGGCAAGGGCCUUGACGUGAUCAUCGACGAAGUCAAGAAACAAACAGGUGUGAGUCCCUUCCUGCGUGGGAAGCACUCGAGCCUCGACCCGUUCGGGACGGUCAGCAUUGAUGCCGACGCGGACGGCGGCGGACGCAAAGCCAUCGUGUACAUGCCCACGUUCCAAGCCGAGAAGUACGUCCACGAGGUUCCGGCCGACAUAGACCCUUCCGCGCUGUCAGGCAUGAUCGGCAGCAAGAAGGCGGGCAAGCGCAAGGCAUCGAGCCCGUUGCGCACCGAGAGCGAGGGCGAGGACGCGUGGCCGUCGAUAGGCGGCGAUCUCUCCGGCGAGGAUGCCAUGUCCGUUAAAACGUCGUCGUCCCGCAUGCAGAGCGCAUCUCCGCCCUUGUUCGCCGCCAUGCAGGAUCUCCCGGGCAGCCAGUUCGCGUCGGCUGGCUUCGAGCUUCCUGUCUCUGACUCGCGCUACUCCUUCGAUGGCAGCGGGCCGCAACGCUCGGCACCGCCGCAUUCACAUCCGUCGCCGUAUGCGCGACCAUCCGCUAAGAAACGCAGACUAGCGCCUGCGCCUCCGGACUCGAUGGCAAGGAACGUCGUUUCGGAACCUUUGCGAAUAUACCACAACCAUCUGCGGACAGGCUAGGCAUUCACAGUGCGGUCCGUGUAUUUAGGGAUACAUGCCAUUUUCUGCCGCUAUUCUCAAGUCUUAACUUCAUAAUUGUAGCAUAUAGCGUGUAGUGCUCUCGGAUUCAUGUAUCGCUGGACUAGUCCUCUUUUCGUUCUAUACUAGGUAUUGAAUGGAUGACGGCGAAAGCACAU